GAAGCCUGGGACACGCUAGAAGCACACUACGAUAAAAAGAAGUACACGGUUUUUGCUCUGGUCCGAGAAUUCAUCGAUCAACCAUCAACGUCAACUGUGAGCGGACUGAAGAAGUUAGUAACCACAUCGGAUGACGUGAUACGUCAGCUCAAGGCACUCGGAAACGAAUUCGAAUCAAGAGAUCCGUGGCUUAUUCACUUGCUGCUGGAAAAGGUCGACAAAGAAACACGAUCACUAUGGGCCCAGAAAAUAAUUGAUGUCGAUAAUCCGAUGUUCGCAGAUUUUUUGGAGUUUUUACAAAAGCGCUGCGACGCACUUGAAACGUGCACAGCUUUCACAAAGCGACCAAAUCAAGCAGACAACACAAAAAGGGACUGCGCAAAGGCACAUAUUAGUGAAAAGGUGCAAUCAUUCCAUGCCAAUACGUCAUCGUCAGGGUGCGUCAAAUGCUUGAAGGAUCAUCCGAUCUAUCACUGUGAUCGAUUCAAAGAAAUGGAAGUGGCGGAGCGCAGAGAACUGGCACAAACAGCAAAGCUGUGCUUCAACUGUUUGCGCUCUUCCCACACAGCAAGGAAAUUUCCCUCUAAAUCGGUAUGCCGUUUUGCGGACUGCAAGCAAUGUCACCAUACUCUGUUGUGCACACGAGAAGCAAGGCAAAAGGAAAGGAAAUCGGAACAAGAUCAGUCAAAGCGGGAAAUUGGAGAAGAAUUGGCUACGGCAUCGGUGAAUGUGAACUCAACACAGACUCACGAGGAUGGACGCGAAAUCACACUGCUGCCGACGGUGGUGACACAGGUAGCUGGAAGUGACGGUAAAUUGUACGACGUAAGAGCUCUUGUUGACAGUGGCUCGCAGGUAUCGCUCAUCACAGAGGCGUGCGUAAAGCGCCUAGGUUUGAGGCGUAGCAACGCCACAUUGGAAGUCACUGGAGUAAACGCAGAGGUUGUCGGCAAAACCGCCGGCAAGGUUACACUGGUGAUCACACCACGCUUCGAGAAAGCAAGAAAGCUCGUCACACAAGCCUACGUACUGGGAAAACUAACGGCAACCCUGCCGUGUCAGCGAUUUAAUGUGUCAAAUAUGUCCUAUUUGGAAGGACUGCAACUAGCCGACCCACAAUUCAACAAGCCUGGGUCAAUGGACAUUAUUCUUGGGGCCGACGUGUUUCUGUCCAUCCUACAAUCUGGACAGGUCAAGGAUCACUACGGAAAUCCUGUGGCACAGCGUUCCGUCUUCGGGUGGAUGGUUGCAGGGAAAGUCUCAACAGACGAAUGUGCCCAUUCGUAUCACUCGGUCAUCAAUCUGCAUCAAGAGGAAGGUCGCUUCAUCGUCCGCUUACCAAUGGAUGAUUCGAAGCUCAAACUUGGAGACUCUCUGGUCGCUGCUACCAGACGAUUAAGGUUCAUGGAACGCAGAUUUGACAACGAUAGUGGUUUCAAACAACGAUACGUAUCCUUCAUGCAGGAAUAUCAGGAACUGGGACAUAUGAAGAUUGUUCCACAAGAAGAAAUUGACGUUGACUGCUCCCAGUCAUAUUACUUGCCACAUCACGGAGUUAUUAAAGAGGAGAGCGCCACUACCAAGCUCAGGGUGGUGUUCGAUGGCUCAGCCGUUACCACAAGCGGAACAUCACUGAACGAUGUAUUAUUAGAUGCCCCAAACAUCAAUGCGGAUCUCUUCGAAGUGCUGCUACGAUUCAGAUCGUACCAGGUGGCAUUCAUAGCGGACAUCGAGAAGAUGUACCGCCAAGUUUUAGUUCAUCCUAGCGGCACCGACUACACGCGCAUCGUAUGA